AUGGCCACCACGUACGGCGUCCGUCAGCUCUAUGGAGGGGCGAUCACCGUGGAAUUGCCCGUGGAUCUGAUUGAUUCAAGCGACAUCCGCCAGAUCCCCGACCACCAAGAAGUCUUCCUCUCGCCGACGACCCUCACCUCCAUCAUCUUCGAGAUCAACGACUACGUCCGACCUGGCGCCACGGCCCCCAGCCCCUCGCCGGGCCCGACGACCACGACCUCCACCACCACCACUCCGGACGGGACCACGACGACGACCACCACCACGGCCGUCAGCCAGGUCAUCGUCAACGGUAGCGCCGCACAAUUGCAGCGUCCACAGGAAGAACUGGACGCCGAAGCCGCCAAAUACCACUUCACCGACGUGAUCGCGCCGCCGGACACGCUGGCGGCGCCCCUGCCCAAUCCGCAGCCCGUGAAGAUGAUCGACCCCAGCCUGGCCAGCUACCCGGCGUACAUGCUGGCGGGCAACAUCCACAGCGACGAGAUGGCGCCGCGGCGGAACCCGAACUCGAGCCAAAGCCAAAGCCAAGGCGCCGGGGCCAGAACAACAGCUUCAUCGUCUUCGUCACCUUCGCCCGCCCGGCUGGCGUCGCUGGUACACCAGCUCGCGCUGCUCGUGCGGCUGCAGCCCUGCAACGCCGAUCUGUGCGUGCGCAUCAACGUGCCCGUCAAGGAGUUUGUCGAGGCCGGCCAGCGCGCCGGCGCCACGCCCGACGGCGGCGCAAUCGAGGCCAUGAUCGCCCAGGAGGUCGGCCACGCGCGCGACGUCCUCGCCCGCGUCGUCGGCACCCUGGCUGUCAGGGACUGGCACCUCUUCAACGCCUAA